AUGGCUGCAGACGUAGCGGCUCCGGCUGGGAGCGAGGCCGCGCGAUGGAAGUACAUUGACACAAUCCGCAAGACGGCGGGUCCGUAUACCGACCCAGACGCCAUAUCGGAAAUGUCUCUUCAGAUGUUUAGCAACUUCAAAAUCUUAGUAAUCGGUGCUGGCGGAUUAGGAUGUGAAAUACUCAAGAAUCUCGCCAUGUCCAAGUUCAAGGACAUUCACGUCAUAGACAUGGACACGAUUGACAUCUCCAACCUCAACCGGCAGUUCCUGUUCCGAAGCACCGACGUGGGAAAGUACAAGGCCGAGGUUGCGGCGCGCUUCGUCGAGCAGCGCGUCCGGGGCGUGUCCAUCACGGCGCACAAUGCCCGCAUCCAAGACUUUGACGCCGCCUUUUACCAGCAGUUCCAGCUCGUCGUGUGCGGGCUCGACAGCAUCGAGGCGCGGCGCUGGAUUAACGCUAUGCUCGUGAGCAUCGCCGAGGAGGCCGGCGACGCCGACGGCAUCAAGCCCCUCGUCGACGGCGGCACCGAAGGCUUCAAGGGCCAGGCCCGCGUCAUCCUGCCCACCAUCACGUCCUGCAUCGAGUGCCAGCUCGACAUGCACGCCCCGCGCGCCGCUGUCCCGCUCUGCACCAUUGCCUCGAUCCCCCGCCAACCCGAGCACUGCAUCGAGUGGGCCCACGUCAUCGCCUGGGACCGCGACAAGCCCUUUGCCGCCCUCGACAAGGACGACCCGGAGCACGUCACCUGGCUCUACCACAAGGCGCUGGCGCGCGCAAACGAGUUUGGCAUCUCCGGUGUCACCUACGCCCUCACCCAGGGCACCAUCAAGAACAUCAUCCCCGCCAUCGCCUCCACCAACGCCAUCGUCGCCGCCGCCUGCUGCAACGAGGCCUUCAAGAUUGCCACCACCGCCGCGCCCUGCCUCGGCUUCGAGAGCAACUACAUGAUGUACUCGGGAAAUGACAGCAUCUACACCUACACCUUCAAGCACGAGAAAAAGGACGACUGCCCCGUCUGCGGCAACGAGGCCCGCCCGCUCGAUGUCGACCCCCGCCUCACCCUGCAGGACCUGCUCGACUCCUUCGCCACCCGCCCCGAGGCCCAGCUCAAGCGGCCCUCGAUCCGCGCCGAGAGCAAGACGCUGUACAUGCAGUUCCCCCAAGGCCUUGAGAAGCAGACGCGGCCAAAUUUGGAAAAGACGAUUGUGGAGCUCGGGCUGGAGAAUGGCCAGCAGGUUGUCGUCACCGAUCCUGCGUAUCCGCUCGAGUUUAACUUUUUCCUCAAGUUUACGGCAUAG